AAAAGUUCAUAAUUUUUGUAAAAUCGAUUAUUUAGUUCUAUUACCAUGUGAUUCUACAAUUAAAACCUCAAACAAGACAAACGGAACCCGGUAUUCUUAAUUUUGUGCAUUUACAGUUAGACGCGUAACACGUAUUUUGUGCAUCGAGUUUAGCAUUGAAUUAGGCCACAUAGCGAUCUCUCCCUAAAAUACCGCUGUUCUGGCUGUCGACGUAUCAAGCUAACAGGCGGGAGAGUGAUGAUCAGAAAGAGCGCGACCUGGUAAUGUGAUGUCAUCAAAAGGGGAAACAGAGGCCGACUCUGGCACCGUGUCGCCAAAUCUGCCAGUAGUCAAAAAUGAACCGGCGACAACAGCUAGCGGUAAAGAAACUCCGAAGAGGGGUGGUACAUUGUUAAAAUGUACCACAUGCAAUAGUUUUAGUACAUUAAGUAGUCGUGCCUUAACCACACACAUGGCUCAGUGUUCGCCGGACAAUAACAAUGUGGCGGGCGCACAGAACGCCGACGCGCGGCCACACAGAAAGCUGUUCGAAUGCGACGUGUGCAACAUGAAGUUCUCAAACGGCGCGAACAUGCGUCGCCACAAAAUGCGACACACCGGCGUCAAGCCUUACGAAUGCAGGGUCUGUCAGAAGAGGUUCUUCAGGAAAGACCACCUAGCAGAACAUUUCACAACACACACCAAGAGCUUGCCUUACCAUUGCCCGAUAUGCAAUCGGGGUUUCCAACGCCAGAUCGCAAUGCGAGCACACUUUCAAAACGAACACGUCGGACAACACGAUCUCGUCAAAACUUGCCCCCUCUGCAGCUACCGCGCUCCUACCAUGAAAAGCCUCAGAGUUCAUUUCUUCAACAGACACGGUAUAGAUCUGGAUAACCCAGGUCCCGGCAAUAACUCUGUUUCCCUCUUGGCUGCUGGCAUCGCGAAUGCCGCAUACGCCGAUGGCACCAUGGACCCUGCAGCGAUGAACGCGCUGGGCGCUUUAAGCUCAGGGCUCUCAGUAUCCGUAGCCGCCGCUUACUCCGACAGUGGCGACAGCAACGGGGCCCGAUCCGUGGACAAUGCGACGCCACCCAUGCACUACUUAACGCCUCAUGUUGAGAUAUCUAUGGCCGAUAACAAUGAGACAUUCUCACCUGGACAGUCCAACCACUUAAAUAAUUCGGAUUCUCGCAUGAACGGUGAGGGCCCUAGCUCUCCGCAGUCGGGUGACAGCGCUAUUGCCAGUAGCUCGCUCUCCGCCGGACUUCCGACCAACAUAACUCCGUCCAUCACACUUAUACCAAUAAAACAGGAGCCGAACGCCCAAGAGGAGUCGGGCACUGGCGGCGGCGACGGCGAGGCCAACGGCGACAAGCGCGGCGUGUCGUCGUCGCUCAUCAAGGUGUCGCCGCUCAAGAGCCUGCUGCGCGAGGACCUGCGCCGACGCAUCUCAGCCAGGGGGCGCGCGCGCGGAUCCAACGCGUCCCGCGCGUCUCCGUCGGAGGGCGGCGUGACGACGUCGACGAUGGGCGAGGCGGCGCUGCCGGCCGGGCCGCUGGUGUGCGCCUUCUGCGCCAUCACGUUCCCCGACUCCACCCUCUACUUCCUGCACAAGGGCUGCCACUGCGACUCCAACCCGUGGAAGUGCAACAUCUGCGGCGAGCAGUGCUGCAACGUUUACGAGUUCAACUCCCACCUGCUGAGCAAGAGCCACCAAUGACUGUUCGCGGGGGGGCCGCUGGACCGCUGACCCGCGCCGAGCGAGCCGCUUUCUCUCCGCUCCCGCCCGCCCCCCUCCGCCCUCCCCCUCGGCUGACCCUCGGCCGACCCUCGGCCGCGGCGGGCCGAAGUGCUUCGAACGCUGACCCCCCGAAGCUGUUUCGUUUAAAGUGCAAAUUACGUCGAGGUAUAUUUUAGAGGUUAUUCUUAAUAGUUAAAUGAGCGAGGAUAUUUGUACGGAUAUUUUAGUACUUAAUAAAUUAAUACGAGCCGAGAUAAUUUCGAAUUUUCGAAUUGUCUCGCGAUUGGUUUUAGUUGAUCGAUACGAAUUAUCGGCGCGUCCGUUGGGCGUGCGGCUCGCACGCAUCGCAGCGGUGCGAUUUGUAUUUAAAAAAAGCUGAAGACUUGCUAACUCGGAAAUUAAAAUACAUUCCAAUUGAGACGUAUGCAUUUUGCUAAUGUAAGAAUUAAUUAUGUCUUUGGAGGGGAAGAAGUGACUACAUACUUUAAAUUACCCAUUACGGUUAGAUUUUAUUUAUUAUUUCAUUUUACAGUACUAAACUGUAUAUUACCGUGAUUGAAAAAAAAACUAAAUUUUAGAAUAUUUUUGGUGCGAUAGUGAAUUUUACAAAUGUUUAGAUUGUACAAAUUAAUAUAUUUUUACAUUUCGCUGUUGACAAGAUGUUAUUGAAAGGCAUAGCCUAUAUUUCCGUGAUUGUUUAAUUAUUGUGAUUGUGUACAGACAGGAAUUUAAAAUUCUACAUUCCGUUUUUUUUAUUUAUAUUUUCUUUUUGCAUGUGAUGCAAGUCCACGACUAAUACUUAAUGUACAAUAUAAAUUUAUUUUUUGUUAUACUUAAUCACUUUAUUUCUAAAAUAUGCAUUGUUUUUAUUACGUUAUUUAAUUUCACGAUGUACUUAAUACGUUUUGUUAUCGAUUUUGGUGGAUGAUAUUGGGCUCUUUCUGUUCGAAGAUGAGUUUUGUAGUAGUUUACUUUGGUGAAAGGAUUGCCUGACGAAGGUAUACUUGCUCAAUAUAGCUCAAGUAUGGGAGGAGUUAGUCGCGCACAAAGCAUAAUAGUACCGGGACCCAUACUGCGCAAGUUCUCUUCUGCAGAAAGACGCGAGUGCUGACCGUGGUGCCUGUACGACUGUACACGACUAUUGUUUAUUGCAUAAUGUUGCAGCACAGACGAUGUCUGGGGCUUAUCGAGUGGUGGAACUAAUUAGAUCUCUUAACGUUACUCGCGCCAGAUUACUGAAAUGACACUCCACGUUCAGGCAUUGUUACCGCGACAUAACGUCAAAUCGACCGUUGUGUACUGUGUUUUAUUGUCUGAGAUGCAGUCGCAAUACUCCUUGAUUACAUUUUCACUGGUGUCAGGUAAAACGAAGCCUUUAUUUACGGUUUCAUUUUAGUAGUCUGCCGUUAACAAUCUAUAAAAGGGUUAAUGUAUGAAAUUGACGAUUUUUUUUUCAAUAUUCAUUAGUAUACAAACAAUUUCUUUGUCUAUGUCUAUUAUUCUUUUGUUAUUUUAAACUUUAUGUUAGGAACUAAUUUUCAUUUAUUUUUUUCACUAAAAGAAAUAAAUCUACAAACACAGCUCGUCAUAAGUGGCGUCCGUUUCCGUACCUUUGUGUAUCCUAUAGUUGAAAGUCUCAAUUUAUCCACAAACUUUACUGAGACUUGUGUUCCUGAAAAAAUGUUUGUUAUGGGACAAUAGAUAUUCGUUAAAUUCUCCAUACAAAACGGCAAUUUCAUACUUCAACACUUAAUAUUACUUACUCUCAUUUUACACUAUGUAAAAAGAAGUGCUCAACCGAAUGGUGAACGAUUUUUAUCUAUACAUACUUAUUAAUUGAUGUACAAAAAUCAUAUCAUAACAUGGAAGUAUAAUGCAUUUACAGAAUACUACUGUAAUGCGUUAGUCCACUGACCUAAUAUAAAAUUAGAAAUUAGGCUUAUUUAAUAUUAAUUAUUAUAGUCACUUACUACAUUCCUUGUACCUAUUGAAUUGGUUAAUCCGUUCCAUUUUCUUUUAACGUAGAUAACCUGAGAUUUACAUUCCUUUAGGUGUUAAGUACUUAAUAUCGGUUGUGGUCUUGCCUGUUAAGUUUACGAGGACGACGUAGAUGGAACUGAAUUUGUUUACCAACGAAGUUUUGUUUUGUUUUGUUGUUACGACGGUACUAGAGUUAGCGGGCGGCGGCGCGUACGUGGCCCUAGUGAGUUACCUGAAACAUGCAACACGUAUUUAUUAAAGAGAUUCUUAUAUAUUGUGCUGUUUCGUUGUUGGUUAUGUAUAACUCUGAUAUUUAUUUAUACAUAUUAAUUUCUACCGCAGCCGCCGCAAUGUAACUAAGAUAAGUUAUGUUAAGAGCUAUUAAUAUAAUUAAUUGGUAACCCCAUUGGGCGCCUUUACUUAAUCCGUCCAUAUCUAAUGAUAAAUUGCCUUUAAUAUUUAAUAGAGUAAUAUAUUUUAUAGAUUUUAGAUAUAAUUAUUAAGAUCAGAUCUAAGUAUAAAAAUGUUUACAGAUUGCAGAGGUUUAAAGAUUAUUUAUUUAUCUUAUAUAAAUCGUAGUCUGUAUUAUAAGUUGAUCAAGUGAGCAAACGGCGAGUGAGCCUAAUGUUCAAUAACAAUUUAAGUAUAUUUACAUAAUUAUUAUUGUCUUGCUUGAUUCGUUUGUAAUACAGAGAAAAUAUUGUUGAUUGUUGCAAUUCAAAGUAAAUAGAUAUUUUUUGUGUGGUUAAAUAUAACUUGAAAAACUUAAGUAUUUGAAUGUUGUUUUAGUGCAGUGUUAAAAUUAUGUUGUCAAAGUAUAGGAAAAAAAACAGUAUUCAAAUUAUAUCCCUCGUAGGAUUUCUUUCUAUAUUGUAUUCCAUUUCCAUUGUUGUCAAUAAAUUAUCUAUUUUAUAUAAAAUGUAUUAUCAAUUUGAAAUUGAUAAGUUAUCCUCAGAUGCAUCCACUAGUGUUGAAACGAAUGUGUUAGUGUAGCAAUCCUCACCUUAAUACCAAAUCACAGCUUACCAACAUUUUAAUUUCGUUAUAAGUUGUUAUGUAUGUAAUAUUAUGUAAGAUAGAUAAAUUAACAUGGUUGAAAGCAAUUAUUUGUAUAAGCGGGUUGAGUGUCGUUGAUAUUUUACUGUUACAUUUAUUAUGUUAAAUCAUUAUUAAACAAAUAAUAUCAUUUUACUAAUUUUUAAAGAGAUACUAUUUACGCAGAACCAGUUUGGAAUAAAUUGAGUGAUAGUGAUUUAUUAUAUCAAUUUUAGCAGAUUGUGCCUUAGAUGAAUGUUACAUAUAAAGAAAUUGUGAUGUAUUCAUGUUUUUGGAAAUUAUGUCUCAUAUUUUAGAUGUGUCCAAUUGAAUAUUGUCACAUAUAAAUUAUAUCAAUAAAU